AUGAAGGAGCAUGGAGGUCAUGAGAAGGAGGAUGAGAAAGUAAAGCAAAAGCAGGCAGCAGAGCUCUUUCGGCAGGGCCAACAGCAGCUUCGAAAAGCGCAGGCUGCUGUCGGAGAUCAGGCCGUAGUCGAAUAUGAUGCUUGUGCGCAGCUCUUCACGGAGGCCAUUUCGCUACGUCCACACCACGCGCAGUACUACCAGGCGCGGGGUCGCUGCUACAUCGCUGUUCAACAGUACCUGCGGGCACUUGGUGACUUCGUCGUAUGUUGCAGAAUAGAACCAGGGAUUGCGCGGCACUUUGCACACCGCGGGCAGUGCUUCAGAAGACUAGGCCGCGUGGAGGAGGCCUUGAAGGACUACGAUGAAGCCCUUCGCCUUGAAAGAAUCAAGGCGGAGAAGGACCCCUCAGAAACGCACCAGCGGCAGGCUGCAGAGUACUACUUCGAGCGGGCACUGGUGCACAUUGACCUCGAGCAGUACGACAAAGCCAUAGAAGGUUUCUCGCAGGCACUUGACAAGCGCUUGGCCGCCCCAUACAAGGCGUUCUUUCAUCGCGGAAUCUGCUACCGCAGAGUUGGACAGAUUGCUGAGUCAAUCCAGAAUCUGAAAGAGGCCAUCAACCUGGACACGACUAGUGCUGAUGCACACAAUCAUCUGGGCCUGUCCCACAUACAAGAGCAGAAUUUCGAAGAAGCCAGGAAAUGUUUUGCCAAUGCUGUUGAGCUGGAUGCGUGCGCCAGAUACUUAAACAACCGCGGCCUGGCAAGCUACCACUUGGAAGAGUACACGGAUGCUGCGGUGGAUUUCACUGCUGCUCUGGAUGCAGAGCCAGACAACGCAUCGGUGCUCUUCAACCGUGGAAAUGCGUACUUCCAGCUUGGACAGCACCAGGAGGCUCUGGAUGAUUAUGCUGAAGCCAUUCGGCUGGAGCCUGAUAAUGCAACCUACUUGCACCACAAGGGACUUGCUUAUCAAGGCUGCGGAGAGGUGCGGGAGGCAAUCGCCUGCUACGAGGAGGCGCUGCGAAGAGACCCCGGUCACCAUCCUUCUCGGUUUCAUCUUGGCAUUAUGUGCCACGCAGAUGGGCAGUACGAUCGUGCUUUGGAAGCCUUCAAUGGUGGUGUGCCACCGGAUGAAGCUCUCCACGAGGCGCGUGGCCUAGUUUACAGAGAUAUGGGUGACUACCAGACUGCUCUGGUGGACUUUGAUGCUGUGAUUGACCUGGAGCCUCAGCGAGGAAGGCACUACUACAAUCGCGGCGUUGUCUAUCAUCGCAUGGGCCGCGAGCAGGAUGCUAUUGAGGACCUCUCCAGAGCGAUCGACCUCGGCAGCACUGAGGCAGCAGUUUUCAGCGAACGUGGCCUGGCAUGGAGAUCCUUCGGAAACAUGGCCCAGGCUGUCAUCGACCUGACUGCCGCGAUUGAAGCAGAUGGCACUCAAACGCUUUAUCUGUCCAACCGCGCGCAAUGCCUUUUCGAGCAGGGACUCUAUGACAGAGCGGAGGCCGAUUUAAGCAGAGCUCUUCAGAUUGAUGGUCGUGAUGCUGAGCUGUUGUACAGGCGCGGGAUUACUCGCUAUGCUCAGCGGCACUAUGCAGAGUCCAUAGCUGAUUUGAAGGCAGCUUUGGCGCAGGGCCCGAUACCAGGGCACGAGGCAGAGGUCUACUAUCAUUUGGGCGUCUCAUACGCCAACCUCGGCAAGCAUCAACUGGCCGUACCAGUGUAUGACCAAGCGAUUUCGCUUGCAAAGGGUGACCGUCCCCAUUAUCUUCAUGAGCGUGCAAAAAGCUUGCAAAUCAUCGGCGAGCACAAGCGCGCUCUGGAUGAUUUCUCCAGAGUUAUUGACCUGCAGCCAACAAACGCACGCGCCAUGUUCCGCCGAGCUUUCAGCUUCAAGGCAGAGAGCAUGUACGAGGAGGCAGCAGAGGACUUUGAGGCAGCCAAAGAGUUUGCACCUGAUGAUCCUCGUUUAGUCAUCAACUACCGCAAGGUCUAUGAUGUGGCCUGCAUCUCCCUGGGGCCGUGUGGCCAUGAGGUCGCCGUCCCGAUCAUUAUCAACACGUUGAAGAAGGAUCGUUUGUCCGACCCUAUGCAUUUCCAGGCCAAGCUCUGGCCAGCUCUGAAGCCGCUGUUCAGCGCCAAGGAAAUUCCGAUUGAGGUCGUCACGCUUUUCUUGAAGGAGUUGGAUUUAUUGGUCUCCCUGGCACCCGCAGCCGAGACGCAGGCAGUCUUGCUGCCCUUCCUGCUGCGAUGCAUGGAAUUACAGGAGCCGACCAUCCUGAACGAGGUGUUAGAGAAGGUGCCAUACCUGCACAAGAAGUUCGAGUACCGCCAAGUGAAGGACCAAAUCCUCCCCAGGAUGCUGCAGCUCCUCGGCACAGCAGCACCAAAAGUCAAGGUCCAGGUGCUCAUGGGCUUAAGCCGCAUUUUUGAGAUCUUCGACAAAAACACGAUUCAGGAUGCCGUUCUGCCAGCUUUUGAAAAGCUGACGAAGUCGGAUCGGACGCCAGCCAUAUGCAUGUGCUUGCUUGGGUGCUACGAUGCCAUGAGCAAAAACCUUGGACCGAAGGUCACGGCCGAACGGAUUUUGCCAUUGAUCAUGCCGCUCCUGGCAGAAGAGGGUCUUUCGUUUGACCAGUGGGAGACGCAGAUGACCGUGGCGAAAAAGCUAAUGCAAAGAGUGGAAUCUGCACGGAGGAAGGAGUACGAGGCGAGGAAGGAUGCCCAGGCCGAAUCAGAACACGCUUUGGGUGCCCAGGCUCCAGUGGCCCCACCUGUGCAAACACAGGCGGAACCUCAGGACUUCGAGUCCUUGCUGAUGGGGCCAUCGAAGGCACCUCCAGCACCUGCCAAAGCUGCCGCGGCACCCGUGGCUCCGGUCGCACCUCCACCGCCAGCGGGCAACGAUCUCCUUGGCGGUGGGUUGCUUGACAAGCCGACGCCGUCCGCACCAUCAACUGGUCUUGGGGACGGCUUCGAUCCAUUCGCUGCGGCUGCUGGCAGCGCGCCCGCAGCAACUCCAAGUUUCGAUCCAUUUGCAAAUGCAGGGCUUGGCUCUGGCGGGGCAGGUGGAUGCAACGGAAUGGGCCUGGGCCCUUCUCCGGCUCAAGGCCUGGGAGCGCUGAACAUGGGAGGCUGCUCAGGGCUGGGUGCUGGAGCUCCUGGCCAGUACCCAGGUGCACUUCCAGGCUUGGGCUCGAACAUGCCAAACCUUGGCUCAGUGCCAGGGGCACCUGGGGGCCCUGGAUCGACUGGUCCAGCAAAUCUGGGUGGCAUGCGGAACUUGAACUAUGAUCCAUUUGCGGAGUGCGAACCAGGCGGAUGCACCUCGUACAUGCCCUUCAUUUCAGACCUCGCCCUCGCGUCACCCAAGGUCUUCCUUGUUGGGACAAUCGUGGAAGCCUUGCUGGUGGGAAUCUGGCUACAAUUGGCAAUCCUAUCUAGGCAGAAGCUUUUGAUGGAACUAAAGCUUCUUGACGAAUUCGAGCUGGCCCAUUUUCUAUGUGCUUUCUCUGGAAAGCUGGUAGUCAUCGGCACAUUUUUAAUCGGGAUGUUCCCUUGGAGUCAUUUCAGCUACUCGCACUUUGCUUGUGCCUGCUGUGUAUUUUGGGGCGGGUGCGGAUAUUCAAUCGCUACAGCAGUCUAUGUGCAGAGUUGGAGAUCAACCAUUGCACGAGAGAGCCACUACCCCUCUGCGAUGACUCCGGUUGCAGCCUCCGCGUGCCUGUGUUUCUUUGGGGUCUUCGUGUCGCUCUGUGCUGCCUACGAUGCGCGGCCGAAUUUCUUUGACUGGAACUGGUGGCCGAAGCUGCAGAAGCUCGCGCGGGAGGAUUUUCGUGCCUAUUGCAGCGCAAGUAGUUGGCACGGGCUGCCUUGGGUCAACACCUGCGCUGCGCUGGAGUGGCUGACUCUGGGUAUCUUGUAUGUCGCCAUGCGAGCAGGUCUGAAGACGGCUGACAUCGAGCUCUUCCUGCAGACCGAUCAUGCCGCAGCUCGCUAUGCAUGCCAGCAUCGGACCGGGGAAAGAGCAGCGCAGAGCGUCGUCCACGGCUACUGGUGCCUGGGCCUUCUUGCUACAAGGUGCUUGUGGGGGCUAGUUGUGUGCGCUCCAUUGGCGAUGGUGAUGGCAUUUUCUGUGAGCUGGGUACAAAGUGGAGGCCGAGGUUUGCCUUUCCUGUCGCAGUUCGGCACACAUCCUGAAACCAAAGCAGAGUUUGUCUCCGGAGCUCUCUGUCACGCUGGCUUCUUAGCUGCAUGGCUCUGGCACAUCCUGUGCACGCAGCGGGUGACGGCAGAACACGUCCAGCACCCCAAGCAUUCUUGGUUUUCUACGGGCCUACCCGCAGUGCCUUUGGUGAGCGCGUCAGGAGCGAGCCUCAUGAUAGUCGGACUCUGCUUUGUCGCCUGCUUCCGCUUGGAUGACCACCUGGCAAUGCAUUUCUGCGGUCUCGGGUGCUUUCUCGCAGGCUCCCAGCUCUGGUGCGUUGCCUGUCUUUUCCUUGAGCAACCCGACUGGUCACGACUCCAUAAGCACAAGUUGCACAACGCCUCGAAGUGGAUUCAGUUGACGUGCUGGUUUUUGGCAUGCGGCUGUCUUGCAAUGGGAGGUUCCGCCAUAUUGUGGGGUGUGGCAUGGGCCAAGGCCAAUGGCCAGGACUUCAUCCAGGCGUGGCAGCAGGCACUGGAAGAGCGCAUGGCUGGAACUUCGAUGCCAAGCUCGUCCGCUGUCGUAGCUUUGUGCCAGUGGGCAUACGUGGGAUAUAUCCAUAUCUUUGUGGCUUGUUCAAUUUGCGACUCGCAUCGAUACUUUCAGGUUUGCAACAGCGUGAUCAGCAGCGAAGCGCACAAGUCGCGGUCGCUGGGAAGGUGUUGCAUCACCGCCUUUGUCAGUUGCCUUGCAGUUGCGUGCAUCACCUACAGUCAAGGACUUCUGGAUCUUUGGUGGAGAAGUGCCAAAGCGCCGUCUGCAGGCAGCCUUCAAACACCCUAG